AUGUCGUCCACUCUUACCGUCCACCAUUUACGCCGCUCUCAGUCAGAGAGAGUGAUCUGGUUAUGCGAAGAACUCGGCAUUCCUUACAACCUCAAGUCGUAUGACAGGGUGCCUCCUGACAUGAAAGCCCCGGAGGAAUAUCAAAAAAUCCACUGGUCUGGAACUGCGCCUGUUAUUGAGGACGGAGGCGUGGCUCUCGCUGAAUCCAACGCCAUUUUUGAAUAUAUUCUCACAAAAUACUCCGACGGGCGCCUGUCUCUGCCCCCGACCCACCCGCAAUAUGCCGAUUACGUCUUUUGGCUUCAUCGAGCAAACGGAGGCACGCAGCCUGCUCUCGUUUCUCUGAUGUUCUCUCGUCUCGGUGGCAAAGAAGAGAGCCUCGAGUCCAAAUAUGCACAAACCCGCGUGAAUCAGAACUUCGAAGCCAUGGACGCUCAAUUGGCCAAGUUCCCAUAUCUCGGAGGCGAUGAGUUCACCGCCGCCGAUUGCAUCUCGGUUUUCUCACUGACUACUCUCCGUCUCUUUGGCGCUUACUCCCUUGAAAAAUACCCGAACAUUGUGAAGUGGCUUCAGCGAAUCUCACAACGCGAGGGCUAUAAGCGUGCUAUGGAGAAGGGAGAUCCUGGUUUGGAGCCUGUCAUUUGCGCCCAUGCCCCAGAGAACACUAUCUGGUAA